UCCGUUUUGAUAUUUUUCAGACAUUAUUAGGUGCACUUUUAGAAAAGCACCUUCUUCUCCAGCUGACGGAAAGACAUGGAAAUUGCUUGGCAGGUGACUUGGUUUUCUUCCGUCAACUCUUGGGAAAAAAACAAAAAAAAUGGAGGAAAUGAAUGUUGUCCAAAUGGCGUGUCUUAGAGCCUUAAGUACAAAAAGUCGGAAGAAAUUCGGUGCCCUUGCUUGCAUUCAUUCUCACAAGAUCUUUCUCUGCAGCUCUCUGUGUGUCUGCAAUACUAAUGGAUGAGAGGCUACAGAAUGCAAGCAUUAAUGGGAACACCGCAGCCUUGGCGGAGCUGAUGAAGGAAGAAGAGGGGCGAGUCCUUCUGGACCAAGUGACGCCCGGCUCCGCCAACACCUGCCUCCACAUAUGCGCCAAUUAUGGCCAUGCCGAGUUCGCUGCCGAGGUGCUCCGCCUUCGGCCGGAGUUGGCGUCCGCCAGAAACAGGAGGUCGGAGACGCCGCUCCACGUUGCUUGCCGGGAAGGCAAAGCCGAGACCGCGCGGCUUCUGCUGGAGUCCAACCCUUCCCUUGCCUGCUGUGCUUUCGUUUCCGCCGGCGAUCAAAAGGGCGCCGACGCCAUGACGCUGGCGGCGCGCUAUGGGCGCGUGGAGGUGGUGAAGACGCUGCUGUCUGAUCGUUGGCUGCCCCUCUUCAGGGUGGAGGGCUCCCUGGUUUCUUCACUGCUUGAGGCUGCCUCCAGAGGUCAUGCAGAUGUUGUUCGAGAGAUAUUGAUGGUGGAACCUCGCGCCUCGAUAGAAGUGGACGAGCAAUGGUGUACUGCUCUGCAUCUAGCUAUAAGCAAUGGUCAUGUCCAGCUCGCGCAGGAACUCCUCGAUGGUAGCUAUGAUGCCUGUUUGCUGUGGAACAAAGAAGGAAGGACUCCAUUGCAUUUAGCAGCAAUGAGGGGAUUAAAGGAGAUUAUGGAUAAAAUUCUUUCAGUCGACUCGAAUCUAGCUUCUGUUUUAACGCAGCAGGAAGAAAGCAUUCUUCAUCUGUGCGUGAUGAACCGGCGGUUUGAGGCCUUGCAGUACUUGGUUGAGAACUACAACACGGAAACGAUAAUCAACUCGAGAGAUCAGAUGGGCAACACGGUUCUGCAUCUUGCAGCCUAUGAAAAAUCGCAUCAUAUGGUGACCUACAUAAUCAACAAUACAAGAAUCGUGUUGAAUACUGUCAACAAGAAGGGAUUGACAGCUCUAGACAUUGUGGAGUUUGAGAAGAGCAAUCACAGGUUGCAAAUGAUCUCCUCAUUGAGAAACGCAGGAGCCCGAAGCUCAAAGCACCCGAACCUAGCUUCAAAUGAUCUACCUAACAUUUAUGUAGACAUGGAGAACCCCUUAGCCCAAAAUGGGCUCCGCGAUCGCAACGGAAAGUACCACCGGAUCCACCGGGAAGGCCUGCAGAAUGCUCAGACCACAAUAACUGUUGUUGCUGUUCUGAUUGCCACGGUCACAUUUUCAGCCGGGCUUGCGCCGCCCGGCGGGAUGUAUCAGGACGGAGAUUCGAAGGGAAGGCCGAUAAUGGGCGACACGAGUCUAUUCAAGGUGAGCAAUGACAUGGCGCUCUUCACAUCGCUAGGCAUCGUCAUAGUGCUCGUCAGCGUCAUCCCCAUCAGGCACCGAGCCCUGACCUGGCUGCAGACGGUGACUGAUAAGGUGAUGUGGGUCUCUGUGUCGUUCAUGGUGGUGGCUUACAUGUCCGGCUCAUGGAUUACUUGGUCAAAUAAGAAAGGCAGCAGGCUGACUUUGGAGGUUGUCUAUGGGCUGGGUCUGGGCAUGUUGGGUGCAGUUUUGAUUUCUCUUCUUGUCAUGAUGAUCAGGAAACGGGUUAGCAAACUAGAGCAGACACAACGGCCUGACAAGUUUACAGAAGAAGCUUCCUUUGAUGAUUCUGCCAUGAGAAGGGGAUAGG